AUGAAUGGCGAUCGUGUGUCUCCAUCGGGAUCCUGCAGCAGCUGUGAGAUUGAUGAAGGACUUAUAGCAGCUUUGUGUCCUGCAGAGAUGGCCACCAAUAAGGACAGAGGAAGCACACAAGAAGCUCUGACUCCACCCAGCACUCCAGGACGAGAGGAAGCUCUCCGAUCGGUCUCUUCACCCCGUUCUCCAGUCUCCCCAUCACUCCCAGUGUACAACCAGCAAAUUGCUGACCUGUGUAUUAUCCGGGUCAGCAUGGAGAACACUCAUGGGAAUUUGUAUAAGAGUAUAUUGCUCACCAGUCAGGAUAAGUCUCGGGUGGUCAUACAGCGGGCGCUCCAUAAACACAACAUAGAAUCCUUCGGCCCGGAUGACUUCCAGUUGGUACAGUUACUAUCAGAGGGUAAAGAACUGACCAUCCCGGACACGGCCAAUGUGUACUACGCCAUGAACACCUCCGCCAAUUAUGACUUUGUCCUGAGAAGAAGAGCGAGG